UGGUUUAGUCUCCAUAUCUGAUCUUCCUUAAAGUGAUCUGCAUCCAAAUGCGGGCGACGCAGGCUUUAAACGACAGUCGCCUCGCCCCUCCGCGCAUAAGCAUCGGAAGAAUCGGUCCUAGCGAUCUUUGUCCUCCGACUACAGCUAGCCAGAUUUUGACAUAGCUGUCCAUCAGAGGACUCAUUGCAAUUGUGUGAGGUCAUAGUGAAACUAGGUGGAGGGAACUAGAAAAGAAAUAGGAAAUGAGAAAAGAAUUUAUUGUUAUUUUCUGAUUGGCGAAUAGUUCAAGCAAAUUUUUACGGAUUCUGAUAAUUCCUUGUCAUCAAGUAAGAUGAGUAGGACAAAUGGGAGAAAGGAGGUGACUGGUAACUAUAAUGGAGGAACCUCCGCUCGAACUCGACCUCUCAGCUUUGAAGAGAUAAUGUUGAAGCGAAAACUCGCAGCUGAUGGUAAAGAAAGAACAAGUAUCUUGAAGGAACAUUUGGUACAAAAUGAUGUAAAACUGACUUCAGCCCACAUGGAUAGUGCAAGGGACAAUAGGAGCACGAAAUAUUUUAAGGAGGAGAAGAAAGAAAGAUCUCUCAAGACAAAGGAAAAAAUAAUGAAGGCAAAGGAUGGUAAUUUGGGGACAACCUACAAGCACAAGCCUGGCUCAAAUGAGAUGUCAAAGUCAAACUACACAAGUAGCAACAAGGAUAAAGAAAGAACAAACGAAAAGCAGACUAAUCAUAGAAGCAAAGAUGACAAAAUGCAGACAAGUUUUAGAAAUGAUCUAAAGAGGAAGCAAAUGAAACAAAGCACAGAAAAGGAUAAACAUGAUAAUAGAGAUAGAAAAUCAAGGGAGGAGAUACAAAGAAAGGAAUAUCGUUAUGCUGAUGAAAAAAAUAAAUCUGAAACUGAGUACUUUAGUUUGAGAAAGUUUGAUAAGUAUGAUUCAGAGAGACUUCAAUAUUCAGAAUAUGCAGAAAGAAAUGAUAGAAGGAAGGAAGGUUCAAAGCCUUAUUUUGAAGAACCCAAGUCAAAAAGAAGGAGAUCUAGAAGCCCGGGACAGGAACCAGAACGCUAUAGGUCUGUCUCAUCCUCUCCUCGGGCACAUAAGCGUUCCUAUCGUGGAUGGGAGCAUGAGCAUUCAUCAUUAUCAUCAUUCAAAGAAAAAUCAAGGAGAAAGCAUUCUGAUGGGGACAAGCUGAGAACAUCAGGAAAUGGUGGAUAUAACAGUUCCAAUUAUCAUAAACAUGGGACUAGGCUUGGUGGCUACUCUCCUAGGAAGAGGAGACCUGAGGCACCUCAUAAGAGUCCAUCACCAAUUCUCCCAUCACAAGAACGAAAAGCUGCCAAAUGGGAUCAGCUUCCUUCAGAGGCAAGGAAUUCUGGUUUCAUGCUGAUGCCUUCUAAUGAUCAGACAACUGUCACUAAAAUACAAGAGCCAGCCUCAACCGCUCCAGUUACAACAGCUACCACCAUUCCACAGCGUGCCCCUACUGUAGAGAUUCUAUCGUCAGAGAUUAGUGCAUCUGUUGAUUCUGUGCAGCUAACUCAAGCAACCCGCCCUAUGAGAAGGCUUUAUGUAGACAAUUUACCUGCAUCAGCCUCUGAAAAGGCAGUAGUGGAUUUUCUUAAUGAUCUGUUAGUAUCAUCAGGUGUUCAUCACAUCAAAGGAACUAGUCCAUGUAUCAACUGCAUAUUAAAUAAAGAGAGAAAUCAGGCUCUUGUUGAAUUUCUCACACCCCAGGAUGCUACUUCUGCCCUCACAUUUGAUGGAAGAUCAUUCUCCGGAGCUCUUCUUAAGUUCAGAAGAACAAAAGACUUUGUUGAAGCAUUAACUGGUGCUCCAGAGAAACGACAGGAAGAGAUAAGGGCCGUGGCUGACAUUGUGAGGGAUUCACCCCACAAGAUCUUCAUAGGAGGAAUUUCUGAGGAUAUCUCAUCUAGUCUUCUUGAAGAGAUUGUCAGUGCAUAUGGGGAUCUUAAAUCAUAUCGCUUUGGGUUUGAGAAGAAACAUAAUGGACCAUGUGCUUUUCUCGAGUAUGAAGACCAUGCAGUUACUUUAAAGGCAUGCUCUGGGCUAAAUGGGAUGAAGCUUGGUGGGCAUAUUCUAACUGUAGUGCAAGCUCUUCCUGAUUUCCAGGUCGAGGAAAAAACAGAGUGUGCUCCAUGUUAUGAUAUUCCUGUGCAUGCCAAGCCACUACUUGCCCCAUCAACUAAAGUCCUUCAUUUAAAAAAUGUGUUCAAUGAGGAGUUUAUGCUGCUUUCUGAAUCCGAACUGGAGGAAGUGUUAGAUGAUGUACGUUUGGAGUGCACGAGGUUUGGAACUGUAAAAGAAGUCAAUCUCGUAAGAUACAACGACAACCAAGUAGCUGUUGCUGGAGCUUGUGAAACGUGUAAUAAUGAAGAUUCCAUCGAGAUAGAAUGCAGAACAGAGGAUCCAAGCGAUCAGCAUCAACACAGUCAAGAUCUAAUGCGUGAAGGAGACAUUGAAAGUGCAGGAGAUACCAGCAACGGUAGUGGUGAAGAUGUGCUGCGAAUCGAUGACUCUUCUGCAAUAGAGAUACAACAUAUUGCUGAUGUGGAAAUUGGCCAACAACUGGAAUCUAACAAGGUCACAAGUAUGAAUGAAGAACAGAUUGGCCCAAGUCCAGGUUCAUCGUCACCGAAACUAGAUACGGUAGAUGCCGAAAUUGGAAGUAGCUCUUGCCGGAAUGUUACUGCUGCUGAACCUGCAGAAUCCACAAUUGAUCGAAUGGACUCCAGAACAGUAGUAGACAAAGGAACUGGGGAUAGCGACGAGUUUGCGUUCGAACCAGGCAGUAUAUUUGUGGAGUUCUUAAGGAAAGAAGCAGCUUGCACGGCUGCACACUCAUUGCACGGUCGAACUUAUGGCGAACAGAUUGUCACAGCUGGCUUCUUCCCGUACGAUAAGUAUACAGCACGAUUCCAUGGAUCAAAGCAGUCAUGACAGUGAUUCAGACUUUAAAAUUGAUCUUCAUAGUAAAUGAAGGUUUUACGGAAGUAGAACUUGACAAAGACAUCGGAGGUUGUUAGUUAUUAUUACCCAUAUGUAAGUACAAAUAUCGAUAUUCCAAUUUCCUCUGCUAGAUUGCCUCCAGAUUUUGCUGCUGACUUUCUACUCAAAUAUGAGCAACAUGGAAAAUGAGUCUGUUAUGUGACUGGAACAUUUACCUGCUUACUGUCUUAAGAAUUUCAUUCACAUUGUCGAAAAUGGAAUUGGUUGAUGGGGGAUGAAAUAGUUAUUCAAUA